UGCAAACAUAGUAGUGCGGAUUUCACCCCAGCUCAAGAGACAAACUGUGGUUUAGUUGUACUUCCUUAAGUGCGGGGACGGGAUUGUCAUUGUGCUGUUUCCCUGGGGAUCUCUCAUAUUCCGAUGCGUCGGAUUCAGGGAUCUGGCUGGGCCAUUCCAGAACAUUGAUCUUCCUUUGAUGAAGCCAUUUUUUUGUUGAUUUAGAUGUAUGCUUUCAUUCUGAAAGGAAACAUGGAUACACUGUUAACUAAUAAAUCAAUUCCUGUAUUCCACACGUACAUUCUCCUGUUGUGAAACACGGACAUUCGUUAUAUACAGAGGGAAAAUUCUAUAACUGGAGUCUGUCCCUAAAUCACUUCUUUUUUUGGGGGUAAUAUUUCUGUACUAAGAUCAUUUUCAACAAUGCUUAAACAAAUAUUAGCUGAUAUGUACAUCGACCCAGAACUACUGGCUGAACUUAGUGAGGAACAGAAGCAAAUCCUGUUCUUUAAAAUGAGGCAGGAACAGAUUAGACGAUGGCAAGAAUGGGAGGCAAAGUGUGAUCAAAAUGAAGAUAAGAAGAGGAAUUCGCGACCAAGAAAAGCCUGUAAUAAAUCCGUACAUUGGAGGUUUGGAACUGAUCAGGAAGUCUGGGUCUGGGUCAUGGGUGAACAUUCAUCUGAUAAACCCUAUGAUCAAAUCUGUGAUGAAAUUAUCGCAGAACAGGCACGCAGAGAAGCAGAGAAAGAAGCAGAGCAAUUAAGGAAAAAACAAGAAGUGGAAUUAUCCCAAUUGUCUACACUGAGACUGCACCCUCACAACAAUGCUGACUUACUGAAAAAAAACACUGAUACCAAGCAAAUGGUUAAUGAAAAUGUCAGAAUAGCAAAUCAACAAAUCAUUAAUGAUGAAAACCAGUCAAUCAUUGAGAAACCAAGAACUGUUGAAGACAUACUUUCAGCUGCCACCAGCAAAAAUAAAUAUGAAGUAAAACAGAAGAAAGAAAAUAUCCUGAAAGAAAAAGAAAAUGACAGACUUCAAGAGAGAACUCAAGAAAUUUACAUGAACUGGAAAGAAGCACAAGAAGUGAAACAAAAAUUAGAAAAAGAAGAUAAAGAAUGGCAGGAAUCGUUACGAAAGUCAAAGUUGGCAGAUGAACGAAGAAGAUCAGUGGCUAAACAAGCAAGGGAUGACUACAAGAGACUGUCAAUGCAGGGAAUUAACCGGGGCAAAGUGGCUGACACAGCCAAGACCUUUGGAGCAGUAAAACGACCACCUAUACCACCAAAGCCAAAACUACCUCCACCUGCAAAUAACAGUAGUAUCAACCGCAUGGAUAGGCGACAAGGCAUUAGAAGGCUGAAUUCUGCCAUCAACCGAGAAAAUAUCAUCAAAUGGUUUAAAGAAGAGCAGUUACCUUUAAAAGCAGGAUGGGAUAAAUCUGGAUCCUAUGUGGAGCCAUGGUUUCACGGCAUCAUAUCUCGGCAAGAAUCAGAACAACUGCUGGGAAGUCAUGGUCAUGGAAGCUUCCUUUUGCGUGUCAGUGAAAAAAUUCAAGGCUAUGUCCUUUCAUACUGUUCCGAAGAAGGAUGUGCACACUUUCUUAUAGAUGCGUCUGCUACUUCAUAUAGCUUUUUGGGAGUGGAUCAACUGCAGCACACAACUUUGGCCGAUCUUGUUGAAUAUCACAAGACUGAGCCUAUUCCUUCAUUGGGAAGAGAGUUGCUUCGUUUUCCAUGUGGCCAAAAAAAAGGUGUAUGUGAUUAUAGUGAUCUUCUGGAAUGAAACCACUGCCUGCAUGUGCCCAACAGGACUAAACCACUUUGCUGAUAAUUGUGGCUUCAUGAGCAACAAGCAAUAUAGCAGCAGGACUGCAUAGUUAUAGUAGGUCUAGUUUUCAAAUUCUGUAACUGAGCAAAUCUGGACAUAUAAAGGGUUCCUAAUGCAUCAAGAGACACGGCAAAGACAUGCAUAUUGUCAUGGACAUAGUUACAUAGUUUUAGUUCUGUGCUUCACACCUUGUGAAUUGCCUUUUGAAAUGUGAAUUGACAACAAAGUUAAGUCUUUAAAUGCCAUUUAAAUCAACGAUUUAUGAAAGAGUAGGCAUUAUUGGAGCUUAUACUCAUGGCUGGCUUGUGGCCAGUAAUGGACUUAUCUUAUUGCACAAAGCAGAGAGGAACAAUACAGUUAAAGCAUUUACAAUGCUAUUCUUCAUAUCUUAUAUAUACUCAAACACCAUAAUAUUUCUUAUAGUUUCUAUUUGCCAAUCAGCAGUUUAGAUUUCAUGUAACAGUUUCUGGUAGUAAUCUAUAAGUACACAGAUGGCUGCCACAUCAGCAAAUGCUUAGGUCAAAAGGCAGUAUGCCUGCGUUGGCCUAUAUCACUGACUUGAAUCCUCCAGAGAUUAACAGGCUGUCAGUUUUAUGGCAAGCUAUUGACAUGAAUGUAGAAAUCCAAGAUGUUGUAAACACUGGAGAAGCUUGUCCCAAAUGUCCAUCUUUAUGUAAAGUCAAUUCUUUUAAACAGUAUGAUUAAGUCUGUUAGGGUGAUAUAAUAAAAAAAAGGUAUAUACAAGAGACAAACUGCUAUGGCAACAAAAAAGCAGUUUUCUAUUACUGGAUGAUGAUGAUCUAAGCACCAUUGCCUUUUUGUAAAGCUUAUAAAGAUUGUAAUACAUUCAACACAAUACUGAUUUGCAUUGUACAUUAUUUCCAUUAACACGGUUUCUAAAGAUAUAAACCAUAGAAUGACAUCAGUGUACUACCUACAGGUCUGUUAGUAAAUAUUUUGAAUAAAGUAUGUAAUGAAUAAAAAUAUGAAUUUUCCA